AUGGUCUGUACAACAACACGUCUUUCAAGAAACGGAAAAAAGUGGGAGGCAUGGGUAGAUUACGAUGGCAUUGAGGUGAAGCUCAAAGUGUUUAUUUCAUUUAACCCCAAUGGCACAGAUGCUUCUAAACCUAGAACUCCAUUCUUGUUGUACGAUAUAGAUCUGCGUCAGCUUCUUCCCCAUAACGUGCAGGUUGGCCUUUCAGCGUCCACUGGAAACUCAAUUGAGACUUACACAGUAUACAUGUGGAACUUUUCAUGUCAAUAUUCCUGGGAGACUUCAAUACCAGGCGUGAAUGCUUCUGGUCGAAGUCCAAAAAAUAAAAGGAAAUCUUUUGAAAAGAUUAUAUGGACAUCCGGUGUGGCCUGUUUCUUAGUCAUAUGCUGUUUUAAUAGGGCAAGAAAAAGCAAGCGCGGGGAUGCUGGGAAGGACGGCGAGGAGAGCGAUGAGGAAUUCAACAAGCGCUUCGAUAAGCUGACUCACCAUAAUCUCCUGAAGUUUCUGGGAUGGUGCCAUCGAAAGGGAGAUUUGCUUCUUGCUUACAAGUUACUCCCAAACGGGAGUCUGGACAAAUAUAUUUUUGAAAACCCAGAAACUCCACUGGAAUGGGGUCGAAGAUAUAGCAUAGCAUGUGACAUAGCCUCCGCUCUGGUUUAUCUGCACGAGGAUCGGCAUGAGAGCUUUGUGCAUAGAGACAUUAAAGCGAGCAAUGUGAUGCUGGAUUCGAAUUUCAAAGCCAAGCUGGGUGAUUUUUGCCUUGCCAGAAUGGUGGAACGGGGAGAAGGAGGGCAUACGACCACGGCAGCGGGUACAAUUGGUUACAUAGCGCGGGAAUUCGCAGCAACGGGAAAAGCCACCCGAGAGAUGGACGUGCUCAGCUAUGGAGCCCUGAGUCUUGAAAUUGCCUGUGGAAGACGACCGGCAGACUGGAGCUUGAUUGAUCACAAUUCCAGAGUGGUGGAAUGGGUUUGGCACUUGCAUAGAGAGAACAUAAUUCUUGAUGCAGCAGAUAAAGAAGCUGGGUUAAAAUUUCAAUGGUGA